UGCGCGCGCGCAAACACGCACUCUCUCUCGCUCUGUCGUCGGCUCCGUUCGUUUCCCCGUUGCCGCGUCAGCCGUCACACAUAGUGUGUAGUUUUCGUUUCUAUCUGUACCUCUCCGUCCGAGGACUCGGCACGGACUCGCGCGUAGUCGCGCGACUAAUACCGCGUCGCGCUCACGUGAAAGAUCGCACAUUGUAGAAAUCCGCAUUGAAGUAUAAGAGAAAGGGAGAAAGAGAGACAAAGAGAAAGAGAGAGAAAGAGAAAAGUUUUGCUGUAGCAUUUCAAAAUUGUUUGGUAAAUCUACUGUCUCUCUUGUCCGUUUCGAUCGACGCGUGUGAAUCAACGAUGUUUCCGAAAUUUUUGAUAACGGACGAUCUGUUAUUAAAUUAUUCGAUCAACGAGUUCUAUCAUGUGGAUCAUUUGGAUCAUUUUAACGUACGUGAAUCGACCAAAAAGGAUCUUCGUCGGGAAUAUGUCGGAAGAUUGUGAGACCAAACAUGGAUACAUCCUAGUGAAUAUUUUAUUUUAAAAGAAAAAAAGAAAGAAAGCAACAAAGGGGAAAUCAUAGCGUGGAGAACAUAAAAUGCGCAGGUAGUCAUCGUACGCUUUAGUCUUUCCGCAAUUACGAAACAACGACGAUCAAAAAAGGUGCGGGUGAUGUUAUCGGAGACUCAAGGUCACGUCGUUCCAGUCAUCGAGUCGCUGCUUGAACGAUCCACCGUCGUCUUUGUUAAACGAUUCACCACGGUCGACAGAUAAGAGUACUCGAGGCUAUCCUUCUACCUUGGACUUAAAAGUUUGUUUGUUUAUCGUUUGAUCUCUCUUUUCUUUUUUUCGACUGCGACAGUUCUUUACAGUUACUUAUCCGUCCAAAGAAAAAGACAUUUCUAUGAACGAUACCUUUAGGAGAGAAACAAACAAACUCGAUACUCGAAUCUUCGGUAUUCCCGCUCGUUUCCAAACCACGUGCUCGGAGAAUGAACGCUUAUCUGAAGAUUCUGUGACACCGAAUGACGCUUAGACGACUAAUUAUCUUUCGAGUAUCUUUACUAAAAUCGUCUUCGUUGAGGACUCCUCGCGAACGUCGUAGGAAGACGAAAAAAAAGAAGGAAAGGUCGGCGCGUGUUACGUCUGUACGUAUUGACAGCUGUGUGUACGUAAUUGGCACUCUGUUUGUACAGACUGUCAGUGUGCUCGUCGUUUUCUCGCGGAACUUCGUGAGACUUCGGAAAGGUGGACUGUUUGCGAAGAACAGCAGACGCGUAAUUGCUAUACUUUGACUCGGCGAACGUGCCUCGACCACCACGGAUGGCUUCGAGUUUCUUUGCCUUUGCCCGUUAAUGUUAAUUAGUCGAUAGGAACACGCUCCGCACGUUUUCCGCGAACGAACUCGCCGUGUGUGUGCGAGCGAGUGGGUGUAGGACUACGACUCUGUGCAAGCGCGUGAUCGCUAACACGACGGAUUGAUUGUUCGCCGACUGGCGGCUUGCCGGCCGGCAUGGCCGCGGAAUGUACGGUCAAAAGGUGCGGCGUAAUUUCAUCAAUAGGGUGGGCAGAGGAUCGAAACGCGUCCGGAGCAGCUUGGUGCAUUAAACGAAGGGAUCAUAUCGGGGAAGACGAAGGACUCUGACUACUAGCCUCCCCUUCCCUCGUGUGCGCGACUACUCUUCCCCCCUUUUCGCGUCUAAAUAAUAACGUUCCCUCCCAUCGUUGCUCCAGUUUCCGAUUUUUCUUUCUUCGGUGGUGAGCCAAGUGUGAUAAAAAUCAAAUGAUAUGUACCAGUGAUCAGAGGUGAUGGUGGUGUGAUACUACGAGAGAAGGGUGCGCGCGUGUCAGAUCUAUGUGUGUGUGUGAAUAGAAGAAGCGAAAUAGAGCGAGAGGGUGAGAGGGUGAGAGAGAGAGAGAGAGAGAGGGAGAGAGAGAGGGAGAGAUAGGGUGAGAGAGCGAGGGCAAGGAUUACGAAGAUACACGGUUAGAGGUGAUAAAUAUAUAAUAUAUGUAAAUGUAUAUGUAUACAUUCAUGUAAAGACGUGUGCCAGUGUGUGCGUACGGAGAGUACAAAAAGUUUAGUUAUAUAGGAGGUAAUAGAAGAGGAGAAAAAGAAAAGUUACGAAAAGAGCAAAAUAAAUAAAAAAGAAGAGCGAAGAAGGAUCGGUUUAAGAAGGAGUCAAAAAGUGCGACAGAAGGAAGAAAGAAAGAAAGAAAGAAAGAAAGAAAGAAAAAGAGAGAGAGAGAGAGAGAGAGAGAGACAGAGAAAAAGAGCGUGGAGAGGGUGGUGGUGAUAUCGGCAGGUGGGAGAGGAGGGACAGUAGUAGUAUAGCAUGAGUUCGUACUUCGCGAAUUCGUACAUCCCGGACCUGCGAAAUGGCGGGGUGGAACACCCGCAUCAGCAUCAGCAGCACUACGGUGCCGCGGUACAGGUGCCUCAGCAAACGCAAUCGGUACAGCAGCAAUCGCAACAGCCUGGCGAUCCGUGCGACCCGAGUUUGCUCAGGCAGGCGGUGUCCGCGCACCAUUAUGGGGCAGGUGGGGGUGCCGGUGGUGCCGGUGGACAGCAGGACAUGCCAUAUCCGAGGUUUCCGCCGUACAAUCGGAUCGACAUGCGAAACGCGGCGUAUUAUCAGCAUCAACAGGAGCACGCUGGAAUGGACGGUAUGGCGGGCUACAGGUCGGGCUCACCGACCACGGGGAUGGCUCACAUGGGUCACACACCCACGCCGAACGGUCAUCCCUCGACCCCGAUCGUCUACGCGAGCUGUAAACUCCAAGCGGCCGCCGUCGAUCAUCAGGGAAGCGUUCUCGACGGGCCUGACAGUCCGCCGCUCGCCGUCGAGACUCAAAUGCACCAUCAAAUGCACACCCAGCACCCUCAUAUGCAGGCCCAACAGGCACAACAGACGCAUCAGCAACAGCAAUCCCAACACCAACAUCUACAGGCGCAACAACAGCACAUGAUGUAUCAACAACAACAGCAACAGCAACAGGCUCAGGGUACGACGCAACAGCCUCAACCUGGCAUGCACCCUCAACAGCAGCCUCAGACGCAGCAGCAUCAAGGGGUCGUAGCUUCGCCGCUUGGCCAGCAGCAACAGCCUACCCCUCAGGGAGCCGCCAGCGCGAAUCUACCCAGUCCUCUCUAUCCUUGGAUGCGGAGUCAGUUCGAGAGAAAGAGAGGCCGACAAACGUACACCCGUUAUCAAACGCUGGAGCUGGAAAAGGAGUUUCACUUCAACAGAUAUCUCACGAGGCGGCGACGUAUCGAGAUAGCGCACGCCCUUUGUCUUACGGAGAGACAGAUAAAAAUCUGGUUUCAGAACAGGCGGAUGAAAUGGAAGAAAGAGAACAAGUCUAAGGGUGAUCCAGGCUCGGGCGAUGGCGACACCGAAAUUUCUCCGCAAACGUCGCCGCAGGGUUGAAAGAACCCCCCGGAGGAGUGGAACUUCCAAAGAGGUCUCAUCUCUCUCAGGGUCGUUAAUACCUUAUUUCCAGCACUACCUCCUUCCCCAAACCCCUAUUUGAUGACCUCCCCCUCCCCAGGACAACCCCCGAUUCCCUCGACCCCCCUCCCUCGUCUAAUCAUCCCCCAACCAGCAAUGACGCUUCUUUUGUCGUGUUAAUCAAGUUACUCGUACCAAAAAAGGAAGACGUAGUAGGAAUAGAAGCGAAGAAGACGCGAUGAAGAACGUUCUUGUAGUAUAGAGAAGAAGAAGAAUGAACGAUGACAAAGGAAUGGUAGAGAGAAAGUGAGAGAGAGAGAAAGAGAGAGAGAGAGAGAGAGAGAGAGAGAGAGAGAGAGAAAGGAAGAGUAUGAUGGUGCAGACAAGGACGACAAGAUUGAAGGAAGGGAACAUGGAACGGUGAAGGAGAAAGAGAAUGAAGAGAAAAAUAAAAGAGGGUGAGAGAUGAAAGAGAAAGAGAGAGUCGGAAGAGAAUUUAUGGGAAUGAACGAUGUUACGAAUAUAACGGAAUGAAGAGGCAAAAUAAAAGGAACUGGAUCACAUGCUAAUCAGAACCGCGUUAACCUCCAUUACGUUUAAACGAACAUAAUUGUACUAAAGUCUAUAUAAAUAUACGUCGUCGAAGGAAAUGUACGUAUUUCAAUACGUUGAUUGUCACUCGAUUGUCGUACGUCUUUUUAUUUUGGGUGGCUACGAUAUAAAAGUUUCAUUAUUAUAAACAUAUGAUAAUAAAUUAUUACGUUUUGUGAUUAAGCGAGAUUAUACUAUUAUUAAUAGUUUGCUUUUAUUUCGUCGGUGAUCACUCGAGUUCAUCGUGAUCCUUCGAAAGUAGCAAAAGAAAAAGAUAAAGAAAAUUUGCACAAAUAAAGUAAUUAUUUUCAUUGUUUCGUAGCACACAUUAUUUAUUUUACAUUGUUAUCUAGUUAUUGCAAAUUUUUUAUUCGGUUUCAUACACUGACUUUAUUAGUUAUUAAUUUGUAAAUCUUUCCCAUUGAACGACAUGAUACCAUUUAAAAGACAAAAUCCAUAGUGGCAGUCAACGUGUUAACGGGAAUUGCGAGAAUAUCGAUGCAAGUGUAUGAGAAAAUAUGGAGUUUAAAGGAAGAUGUGUGUAUCUGCCUGUGUGAUAGAUAAUACGUGUGCGUUGAUAUCGAGUGAAGAAAAAAAAAAAAGAUAAAACCGCGUAAUAAGUUAGGAAAAUGUUUUUAUUAUUUAUUCUCUUACGUCGUAUACACGUAUAGUCGUAGAGAGCGGUUAAUAGAAUAUAAGAGAGAAUGAAAGAAGAGAGAAAGAGAGCAAGAAUGAGAAUGAGAGAGAGAGAAAGAGAGAGAGAGAGAGAGAGAGAGAGAAAGUGAUGAUUGUCCAUCUGUAAUUCUAUGUAGCGGUGAAUGUACGAGCACAGUUUAGUGUCUUUAGAGAUCGUUUAGAUAGUUUUUUCGCUACACUACCGAGCGCGCGCGCGCGCACGUACGCACGUACGCACGCCGCACGCACGCACGGCCAGUGGCUCGGCGAAGGCAUCUCGAAUUUUCUGCGAACGUGCCAACGUGUGUGAUCUUUUGAACGUAUUUUUCGCGUUAUCGAAACCGGAAUUCACGUAGGCAAAGAAGAGAAAACGGACGGAAUGGGAAAUAAAAGAAAAAAAAAAAAAAGAAAAGAAACGAGAAAGAGAAAAAUUGGAAGAACGAAUCGAGAAAAUGAGGAAAAAAUUGUAAUACUUAUACAUACGAAACAGUGAAAAAAAGUGCGCGUACGGGUGUCCAGUUUGUUCGUAAAACGAGACGCAAAAUUAGUGAAAUACGGUGAUAAAACGAAAACGAAAACGAAAAUGAAACGAAACGAAACGAAACGAAACGAAACGAAUCGGAUAAUGAGGAAAAAAGAAAGAAAUAAGAGGACAGGAAGAUGGAAGAUGGAAGCAGGAGUAUCGAACGGAGCGAAGUCAAAAAUGUUUUUUUUAUUUUUGUUCGAUAUAUUCUUUUGCCUUUUUUUUCUUUUUUUUUCUUUCUAUUCUUUUUUAUUAUUAACAAGAAGAAAACGAGUGAGAGAUCGGUGAAGGAAAAGUAAAGGAAAAGAAAAGCAAAGAAAAGAAAAGUAUAUAAUUUAGGGAAGAAACGGCGGAGGUCCUCCGGCAGAGCAGAGACCAGCCAACUUGGCGUUUAUUCAUCUAUAUCGUCGCAAGGUCAGUCUUAUAUAUGACAGUUAAAUUAGAAAUUAUUCGUUCGAUCGAGUUUACGUUUCUUAUCGAAUUAUAUCAUCAAAGGUAUUCGUAGAAACGUAUGACCGAUUAGAAAAUCGUUAAUCGAAUCUUCUGUAUCGCCUUGUGUUUAACUCUAAUGUGCCAAUAGCAUUUGAAAAUUGUGCAAAUAACAAUUCGACGGAUCAAUACAUUUUCUUAGUUUGAUAAUUCUCUUUUCUUCUCUGCACUUUCUACUAUCAUGGCUACCGGUUUUAAUCGAAGGAAGAUGUUCAGCGUAUUUUUCAAAGAGAAACGCGUUGCAAAGCGAGUUUACGCGAUCGUAAAACCGGUUCUUCCGAUUAAUCGAGUAUCGUCGAUAAAGAGAAAGAGAUAGAUAGAUAGAGAUAACGAGAGAGGAAGGGAGAGAGAGAGAGAGAGAGAGAGAAUGAGAGUGAAAGAGAGAGAGAGAAAGAGAGAGAGAGAGAGAGAAAGAGUGAAAGAGUGAGAGUACACAGCAUCCAUUAUCUUGAUUUACAUGCAUCUUCCUUCGACGGUGAAAACGCGCUUUAAUGAUCUCGAUCGACCUCUUCCGGAAUUACGUUGGAAAUAAUUCGCAUUCGCGGCACGACGACCUUUCGUUUCUGUAAAUAAUUUUCCAUGUGGAAUAUCGGGGAGGAGUAUAAAGGGGAUAUAUAGAAAAGUGGGGGUGGGGGUUAUCGGGGAUGGACGAGGAAGAAGGUAUAUUAUUCUCGCGCACGAUCGUCGAUCCCUUAAAAAUCGACUCCUGCUCCGCGCGACGUGAGGCCAAGUUACCAAGUGAUGUAAUACAUAGUGUAUUUUUGGAAUAGGAUGUUUUCGGCAUGAAACCGCUUGGCAACUUAAUGGCGUCUCGAAAGUGGGUUUACUGGCACGGGAUCCUCUCGUCGCGAGCCAAAGUCUCUUUCGUAGAGUAACGGCGCGUAAUUUUGAAAGGAAAAAUGAAAAUGAUACAAAAAAAAGGAACAUAAAAUAAAAUAAUAAAAAAAAAAAAGAAGGAAAAAAGAAAGACACUUGUUCGAUCACCGUCCAUGCUUGCGACGAAAGUGGCAUCACCAUUUUAACAAAAAAAAAAAAAAGAAAAAGAAAAAGAAAAAGAAAAAAAAAAGAUUCGCAGUGCGGUAUAUCGCUUUGUCAAAUUUUGAAAAUGAAAGAAAAGAAAAAAAAAGAACAUGAAAAUUGUAUCGCUUUUCCUCGAUCGCAUUGCAUUUUGUCCUUAUAUUUCUUACAGAAAAUUUCUAACUUAACGAAUAUCGUUCGCGUUGAGCGUUGGGACGCGUUAAAUGUGUCAAGCGGUGAACCGGAUAGCCUGUCGGCUCGAACACCGAGCGUGAUAAGAACGAAAGUUCCUCCGAUCGGCCGGAAAAUGUCGCUAACGAAGAAUUCGAAGAAAUUCUGUACUCGGUGUUUUUAUCCUAGCGAGCCAAGGUACUCCGCCGCGGCGAAAUCUGUGCUGUGUUGUAAACUUAGCUCGACAUACGUUUAGUUUAUACCUGUAUACACAUGCUCACGUACACAUAUACAUAUACACAUACAUGCAAAGACACAUAUACACACACACACACACACACACAUCAUUAACGAUAUACGUAAUGAUCGAUAUUAACGAACACUUAAUGAUAAUUAUAAUGAUACAAGUAAUAAGGAUAAUGAUAACGGUAAAGAUAAACGGACGGCGCUGCUGAUGGAAGUAUUAAUACAAAAACGAAAUAAAUGAAGAAAGGAAAGACAAAAGAAAAAAAAAUAAAUGUCGCGAUCUUGAAAGUCGCUCUGUAGAUUGAUGUUAAAAGAGAAUGAAUGAAAUAAAGAAAAAGAAAUACGGGGAAAGGUACGUAGAAGUCGUACGCGUUUCGUAUGUACAUACUCAUCGAAAUCGUCUCCCCCUAUUUCGUGUUUAAAAGAUAAACGAGCGUGAAAAACGUGCUUACCGAUAUACGUAAUUAAUGGUCGAUCAUUCGACGGCCGGCCUUCCUUAAUCGAAAGAUUUAUUUAUGGAAAAUCUUUUUGUCCUUUGAAAGCAACGAACUCUCUAUAAAAAGAUUUCCGGCGAUCGUUCUUUCACACUCUUCGCUUGACUUUACAUUUCACUGACGAUUUAACGAAACCGACAAAAAAAUCUUUCUUUUUAUUAUAAAUGAUAAUAUUUAAAACUAUUACGAUAAUGAUAAUAGUAUAUUUUUUGCUUAAUUAUAAAGAGAAAUUCCGUGGGAGAUCGUUAAAUGGAUUUAUCGAAAGACGAUCGAUUCGUGUAUCGUUCAUUUGACCGUGACAUUCAUUGAUAUAAAUUGAUCGUCGAUACGAAAUGAUCGACGACGAGAUCGUACGUUCUCUCGUAGAAAUUUAAUCGUCGAUUCGAUGCUCGUGUACUUAACUACGUAAUACACGUGAAUGGCAUUCGAAAGUAGCAUAAUCAUAAUUGGCCUGAAAUAACGUCGCCCCGAAGAAAAUGAAUGGUAUCGUGUUCGCAUUGACCGUAAAACCAUUCAUCACAUUUCUUCUUCUUCUUCUUCUUCCUCCACCUACAGUUUGAAACGUAUGAAAAAAAAAGAAAAAAGAAAAAAAAUGUAUAAAGACAUUUUCCACUCAUAGAUUAUGGCCGUGCGGUUUGUUAUCUCGACUCGUUAUCGGUUUGCUAGCUCUUGGUGCACCGAGACUAGUAGUCUGACUCGCACUUUCGAUAACGCGAUUUAUAAACGCGUGCGAUAAAUCGAUUAACCUUAGCAGUUCGAAGCAACGAUCCUUUCGAGCAUUUCGUCGAUCGCUCGCGACACGCGAGUUAAUUCCAGAUACAUUAAUCAGUGAUACGAUCUAUAUGGGUCAGAUAAUAGUUGGCAUUGAGGUGCCGAGGGUGCGGCUUUGCGAGACAAAGCUGCUAUUUAUUACCCUUACGCCACGAUAACGGACGUGUUACGACACGGUACGACCAAAGUCCCGAUCAAAAUUUUCCGUUUUUCCUUCUCUCGUUCCUUGAUCUUUCGAGAUAAUCGAAAGACUUCGAAUCGAUCGAGGGACUAUGAAUUUUUCGACUUCGAAAUUAAUUCCCUUAGCGAUAUCCCAAGUAUUUCUCUUUUCUAAAAGUGAUUUAAAAGUGCAAUAAACGAUCGUAUUUUAUUCUUUUUUCUUUCCUUUUUCCUUUUGUAUUUUUUUUUUUUUAUUCUUUUUCUUUCUAAUCGAUCGUAAUCGAGAAAAACUCGUCGUCGAACGAUCGCCGUGAACAUCGAUUUUACAUAAAAACAAAUGAAAUUUUGUAUUCGACGAAUAGCCGAGUUCCAUUUAAACGUAGAAAGGUAUAAAAUGUUAUGUGACCACGAGUAAAAAGAAAAAGAAGGAUAUAUAAACAAUGAAAAAUUGAGAAAAAGAAUGAAUGAAUGAGAGAGAAAAUUCGUAGGAUUAACUGGAAGGUAUAAAUUCAAAUUAUAUAUUUUAUCUCUACUCGUAUGCAUAUAGUCGCGUAAUGAAAAAAAAAGAAAAGGUAAAUUAUAUAUAUAUAUAAUUUAUUAUAUAUAUAUAUAUAUAUUAUAAUAAUUUAAAGUAUAUGUGUGUAAAAGAGUUUUGAGAGUAGAGGGAGAUGAGACAAAAGUUGGAAAAACAAUGUGUACGUACGAAGUGUGUCACUACGUUAGCCCGUAAUCUCGAUAAGAUUAAGGACUAAAGUCUACUUCCUAAGGUGGUAAUUAAAUAGAUUAUUAA